AAUUUCAGGAAAGCGGUAGGUAUUGACGGGGGUGUGCGGAUUUAUUGAUGCGUGUAAAUGAAACGGAGUUGCCUUUGACGGUUACACGACGACGCGUCACAGCUUCUGGUAUUGGUGUGAAUCCGAACGUGAAUCAUAUUCCUUCAGAAGGCGUUGUUAAAUCAAAAACCAGUCCGUUCUCAUCGUUUGCAAAUCUUUCUGCGUCAUUGUGGUCUUCUGCGCAGCACACCUUCUCUGGUACCACCUGUGACACCUCUCCAUUCCUUGAUUAUCUGGGAAACACUUCGGGAAGCUCAAAGUGUGGGCAAAGUUCAUCGAUUAAUUUUAUUAAAGCGACUGAAGAAAUGCCGUCGCGUGAUCGUACUGGCGAGUUUCGUACUACAGCGAAGUCAUAUCAGAUGAAAAUGUAUGGAGUCAGUGGCUAUACACCAAGAGAGCCAAGAAUACAGCAAUCAGUACAGUUCGCACAACUUGCAAAGCGUAUUGGGCGUGAUUUAAGUUUAACAUGUGCAAAAAUGGAGAAGUUAACUGAAUUAGCUAAACGGCGGUCUUUAUUCGACGACCGCAUGAUAGAAGUGGAAGAAUUAUCGCAAAUGAUAAAACAUGAUAUAACAGGAUUAAAUAAGCAGAUAGCAGUGUUGCAAGAAUUUUCGAAAAAUAACGGUAAUUUCAACAAAAAGGAUCAAGGACGUGGGCAUUCACAGUUGAUUGUUGUUGGGCUCCAAUCAAAGCUGGCAGGUGUCAGCAAGGAUUUCCAGAAUGUAUUGGAAUUAAGAACCGAGAAUAUGAAACAGCAAAAAUCGCGUCGUGAAAAAUUCAGUCAAAGUCAACCUGUGCCGUCAGGUUUACCGCCUUCUGUCAGUUCCGGAAACUUAGGUUCAAUUUUAUUGCAAGAUGAAAUGAAUGCUUCGUCAUCAGUAGCAAUUGAUAUAAAUACGUUAGAGCAACAAAGGUUGCAACAACAGGUUUCACUAAUUAAUGAACAGGACGCAUAUUUUCAAGCUCGUUCAAGUACAAUGGAAAAUAUUGAAAGCAGCAUAUCAGAGUUGGGUCAGAUUUUUCGUCAGCUCGCUUCACUAGUUACUGAGCAAGGUGAAAUGAUUACUCGAAUUGAUUCGAACGUUGAAGAAACAUCAUUAAAUAUUGAAGCUGCUCAUACGGAGCUGGUCAAAUAUUUCCAUUCAAUAUCGCAAAAUCGUUGGCUGAUUAUCAAAGUUUUUGGUGUACUUUUCUUCUUCUUUGUGAUAUUUAUCGUUUUUCUUAGUUAGUGCUACUGCUAUUAUCAAUUUUUGUACUCUUUUCACAGCGAUUUUCAUGGAAAUUUCUGUUAACUUGGGGAGAUUUUGAGGAUUCAUAAUUUUUACUGGGAACUAUCUUUUUAGUCGUUUCCAGAACUCAUUUAUUAGUCACUUUCCAUCAUUUCUUACUUUCUUCCAUAUUCCAUAUCAUGCCAUAUAAUGUUCUGCGUGGUGGCAGC